AUGGCUAUUCUAAGUAAAGCGAUAACGUUACCAAUCGUCCUUACUCUCAUCGUCCCAACUACCAUUUUCGCGUUCUUCACCACGAUAUUCGCAGUCUGGAUAUUACUCUUCAGAUGCAUCGUACUCUACAUUGAUCUUGCCGUAGCAGUAAUACCAUACUAUCUCCUCGGCGGGCCUCCCAAAGCAACCUCACAAUCAUCCCUCUCACUCCGACCACACUCACCAUAUACCAUCCGUCGUCGGAAACGACGCACCUCAUCGACUUCCUCAAACCUCUCAGGAGCUCGCACGCCCAUUGCUCUAUGCCACUCAACAUCCGAUCCCCUUGCCGCCCUCACUUCCCCCAGUUCCUGCAUAGGGCUGAACACAUCCAUCGGACCAAGUCGCGAUUACGAAGGCGUAGGCGGCUGGCGAUUUGACCAACCCUCUGAAGAAGAAGACGCGUUGUGGGCGAAGAUUAAUUCAAGGCUGGAAUUACCGACUGAUCAUGGAAGAAGGCAUAGGAGGAGUUUGACGGGUGGGAAUUUACCGAUGCCGGUCAUGCAGUCUGUGAUGGAGAGGGGAAGAGAGGAGGAGAAGGAAAGGGAGGCUGUAGUUACGAGUAAUACAGGGAGAGUGAGGACGCCGCCAACGAGUGGGACGUGGGAGGGAGCUAAUGAGAAGGGUGUGCUAAUGAUGGUGGGAAAAAAGAGGACAGGAAGUACAAGUACGAGUGGUAGCGGGAGUUCGAAGGUUUCUGGACUAAAUAUGAAGUCUAGGUGA